AUGACUGUGUCCCUGCAUGACUUGAUCAAAGAAUGGGAGGUGGUGAACGCGGAGCUGUAUAGGGCCUCCCUGGAGUCGCACCAGCGCUAUUCGUUCCCGGCGAGCAGCCACGGCCGUUCAAAUGAUAGUGAUUGCUCUGCGGAGGAACCCUCGCUCUCCCCCCCUCCACUGUCUAGCACCACCACGUACGCGCGGGUGUACAAUCUCCUCUCACAUGUGCGCCAGAUUGCGGAGGACGCCCGCUAUAACUCCUUCUGCAUCAUACAGCAUCUCCUGUGGGUGACCGUCGUCGCGUGGGCAAAUCAGAUGGCAAGCGCGUCCAGUAAUCUUAUUCGGCUUCCGAGUGAACUGCGACAGUACUACGAGCCGUCCCCAUGGUGCGCGACACGGCGCGACGGCAUAAACGACGACACAGCUGGCAAGAAAGUGCCUUCGGCGUCCACCCCGGUGCAGCGGACAUCGUUCCCAUGCUCCUUGCUUCCACCGUUAGAGUUUUGGGACCCCAGCGUGCUGGAGGAGAUGGCAGGCGCAUCAUCCCCCGCACCAGAAGUCGUGCGCAACGCCUCUCUCCACCGCGCGCCGAACUUGCCCGAAGUGUGGAGCAAUGCUGUGCAGCGCAUAUUUACGCUGUGGUGCGCCACACCAAUGGCUGGCUCUUGCGCAGGAGCUGUGCAGCCAUGCACCGCGCAAAGCACUUGCAGCACUGUGCCACCAGGGACGCUAGAAUACGCACAUGUCUGGGUCAUUGUGGCGCAGCACUAUCACCGCUUCAAAUCGCUGCUUUCUCUCUUCUUUCUCCGGUACGACGUGGUACUCGAGGACGCAGAGGAGCUGCUGCAGCGGCGAGGCCGCCAACAGCUUCAGGAGCAGCAGGACCGCCGCCUCAGCGACCUUCACGAUGAGGAAGUGCAGCGCGCUGGAACACAUUCGGCCCGGCCGCUGUCGCCUCCGCUGCGUCGCCGCGGCGAGACUUCGCUUGUGUCAUCUUUCAGCAUCAGCCCUGGAGGUGCGGCAAGUGCCGCAGGUGCAGACAACAGCAUGAGUCGCUCCAGUACCCCUGCAGCCCUGUCUACAGAUCGAGAAGCUACCAAAACCACCGACAAGCAAGCUCGUCUGUCGGCGUGUCCUCCCUCCUCUCUCCCCAGCACCGCCAACCUUCUCGGGCAUCUCAUGCGAAUCAUUGUGAACGAGAACCUUGCGAAGAUCCGCGAAGUGACUGGUGAGGUCCUUCUCUUUCUCUUGCUACCCCGCGUCCACUGCGCUCGGCUGCGAAGCCAGGUCACGACACCUGCCAGCGACACAGGUAAUCCCAGGCAACUGUCGCAUUGUGCGCCGCCGCAGGACAACACCGAGACGGGUGAGGCAGAUACGGGAAAGGAGGCGUCGUUGGCAUUAAAAACGAUGCGGCAGCUCUCUGGCGUGUCAUCUUGGCACAGCGAUGAGCAACACGACGACGACGACGAUCGCGUCGUCUGGUCAUCGCCCCCAUCACCACUGCUCUCAUACACAGCCGCGUCGUUCGGCCACGGCAACGGAGACACACCUGCGCCAGCUCCCAGGGCAGGCAUACUUACCUCGAACCCCCACGUGAGAGAACGGGCGCAACAAGAGGAGUACGUUGCGCGCCACGUCUUCAAGCUUCUUUUCCUGGUUGAGCACUGCCGAGUGCACGUACUUCAGCAUUGGCUCGUCGAGAAUGGCAAGCGUCUUGCCUUCUUCUAUGGUUCGCAGUUGGCUGCGAACCUUUUCGACAAUACCGCGGGACAGCAAGCUGCCUUGGCCCACGAUCCUUCAUCCUGUGACCCCUCCGUUACGACCAUCGCCGCAACUCGCACCCUCGCGGGUGCGAAUCGAGUACUUCGCGAGACUCUGCAAGCGUACAUCCGGCUUCGUGCCAAGCUGCUCUUUUUGAACGCUGGUACGACGCACUUUCUAGACGCCCUGACCCCGUGGGGGCGGACGCGCAUGCUGGAGAGCCUGAACGCUUUCCUCUGCGGCUUCUGCGGUGUGAUACUGCCCUCCUCGUUUCCUUCAGAUGGCGGUGCUUCAGACAAGAGCACCACUGAAUCCUCCAAGGAGCCACGGAACCAGGCAGCGUCGUCGCCGCUGGACGGCUGCGACGAGUCGGUUCUCUUUACCCCGACGAACGCCGCCGUCGCCGACUUUGUGCAGAGGUGGGGGGUGCCACUCUGGAUCGCCAUGUGUGACGAAGCGCAGCAGCGUAUGGAGGCACUGAAGCAUGUCGAGCAAAAGCGCGCCAAGCGGCCAAAGCAGCGCAUGCCGCUACCCGAGAACGAGUGUUUGUGCGUCAUGCCACCCGCCAAGUAUCAGCAGCAACAGCAGCAGCGGCACACGAUGGAGAAGUGGUCAGGCGGGGACAUGGGCGAGAAGGACCACUGGCGCGGCGGUCUGUGCAACACAGGCACGUCAUCGGCGCCCGUCACGUCUUCCUUAACCACCGCAGUCGUCAGUGCCGUCGAUGAUGAUCGUGCCGAAAAACCCGACACGCGCGACCGUCACUCCGUCGCCUCUACCGAGCUGGAGGAUGCUGUGUCACGCACGACCAGUAUUGUUUGGCCACCGAGGUCGCCGACCGUCGCAAACGAAGGCGAGGCCGGCAGCGGCGGCACUGGCAUUCACCGCCAUGGUGGUGCCAAGGAGGCGGAUCGAGCUUUCACUCGCCGCCGCGGCAGAGGACUGGAUCUGAAGCGCGUUCUGCAGCAGCAGCAGCAACGUCGCGCGCGCCUUGGCAACGUGAAGCUCCCGCAGCAAGGCGUAACGGCAAGUAGAGUCGGUGCCCCACUCGCGAGCAGCGAGGAUGGCGGCGGUGACGUUGUCGAGAGCCUCUACACAGAGGAAACCGCAUCAGCGGGCGACGAUGGCUCUGUGUCCGCAGCCGCCUUGGGUGCAAGAAGCGAUGGCGCCAACGUGGGUCGUCUGCGCGACAACAACGGUGCGGCCGCGACGGCGGCAAGACAACGUGGCGGUAACGACCUCACGACAGCUGCCGGUUCUCACGUGAAGCGGUUUUCUCGCUCCGCACAGCUACACCAGGUGGCCACCUUGCCAGAUGAAGGCUUCCCGUGUCUUCUCUACCUAAUGCCGCGCCGUAGCCGCUUCCCCGUGCUGGACAAGGCAGCGGCGGCUCUGCAGCAGCAACUCUUCACGCGCUUUAGCGCCAACGUGCAAGCCUACCUCACCGACUACCUGACGGAGUGCGAAACGGCAGCGGCAGCGGCCGUCGCCGCCGAUCAGCGCGCAGCCUCAGCCUUGCAGAAAAAGAAGCGAGAGAAAGCAGCUCACGUGACAACCAUGGGAGGGCAUGCGGGUGCCGGCACUGCGGCUACCUCCUCCAUCGCCGUCGUCACACCGUUUCCCAAACCUGUGCUUGCCCGUAUGGUCUUCCUCUUGGAGAUGACCUACGCUGCGUUGCAGGGGCGCGACGGCGCUGCGAGCGAGAGCUGCGGCCACCACACCGAAGAUAAUCACGCUAUCGGUAAUGGUGGCAGUCGGCGCCCGCUGAUGGAGACAGGCCUUACCGCCACUGGGCAGGAGCUCGGCGCCGCCGUUCUCGAGCAGUGCAACGGCGAGUUUGACGGUGUGGUCUCCACAACGCUUUCCGCGCCAACGUCGCCAGCCCUGCUGGCCAUUGCUGCCGUCCGCAAAGGCUUCCAAGGCUUCCUCAUCUCCCUGGAAAAGCGCGCUGUGCUGGCACUGGUGCAGGCGCUGUAUGGCCUCAUACAGCAGGGCGCGGCCCAGCAGCCUCCCGCGGCCCAGCUGAGCGCUGUGGACACCAUCCUGAAUAUGGCCUCGCUGCUUAACUCCAAGGACAUGUUUGUGCUGCUGCUGAAGGGCUAUCUCGCACCGCAAGUGAUGAUGUGCCGAUCGCAGUCCGAGAUUUUGGUGGAGUCACAGGUGGUGAGCCGUAUGGCCUACCGCCUUGGCGCGGCAGUGGCGGCGCCGUGCAUGACACUGCUGAGGGACCUGCAGCUGGCCAUGUCCGAUCCCCGGAGCACGAUGAGAUCGUCGCCUCCCUCUGGAGCACGCGCAGACCUUGCAGAGGAUCGGGAGCUGAAUGCUACACACGGGAGUCUAAGCGGGGAAGGCAGAAGAGGCGACGGCGGCGACUUUGGAGGCGCGAGUAGCAGAGACAUCGCCAUGGAAUGUGCGCAGCUCGCGGCAACGCAAGACGCAGAGACGCUGGGAGACAUCCGUCCCCUGCAACACGGCGCCUUCGGUCUCAUCCACCGCGUUCGCGUUCUUUGUCAAGCCUGGUGGCAGCCGCACACAGCCGUGGUGCUGUCUUCCCGGCGACUACGCCAACUGUGGGAGCAGCACCAGCUGCUGGACGAGCGCAUGGUCGACGCGGUGCUGAGCGUCGAGUGGCAGUACGACGGGCACUCUGAGCCAUUUCGCGGCUACGGGCGACAAGUUAAGCUAAGGGAACGCGAGAACACCAGUCCGUUGCAUCCUCCGUCGCGCAGUAGUGGUGGCGGUGGCCCAAAGAGCCUGCGGAGCAGUCUUAGUGACGCUCCGCAUGGCAGUCAUUGGCGGCACGGCGACGGAGGCCAGAACUCUGGACCCCUCGCUGCAGGGACGCAGCUGCGUACCGUGACGGCAGCCGCGGUGGUGCGCGGUUUCUCCUCGGCGUUGGGCAAUGCGGUACGUCGCACAGGACGUCAGGCCGGUGACUUUGGCUACAACGACUCUGACAACGAAUCCGAGGACUACAGGGAGGCCUAUGGUGGGCUGCUGACGCUGAGCACGCUGCAGCAGUACCGCAGCGCGUACGCACCAUCAAACUCGUCGUACAGAGGCAGCAACCUCUCGUCUGUUGGAAGCCCCGGUGCAGUGGGCGGCCUAGGUGCAAGCGGGGAGCACCGGGGGACUUCCGAUGGAGGUCAAAGCACGACUGUCGACGACCACGCCUCAACCGCCGUGCCGGCGGACGGGCAGCUGGAGCGGAGGCGGCUGCGUUGGCCACUGGGCAACGGCCAGCUGGCCUUCUACAUCUUCUCCAGGGGCGCUGCCAGCGCUGGCCGUAGCGUCUCCCAGGCCGUGCAGAUCGUCGGUCCCCCACUUGCGUUGCUGGUGUGUCAGCUACUGGACCGCGCAAGUGAGCAACCGUACACCUUCGACGCGCUGCACAAGGCGCUCCCGGUGCAGGCACCAAAGCCGCUGCUUGCCCAUAUUCUGCACGAACUUGUCAAGGCCGACGUCGUCGUGCGCAGCGUGGCUGCAGGUGCCCGGCAGCUGACGUACCAGCUUCGUGAUGAUACCCGCGAGGUUCGUCAGCGCAAGGUCAUCGUUGACGUACGCGCCGCUGCGCGGCAGCAGUGGGUAGCGCAGACAAUGGAUAUGACGGCCGCAGACGACGGCGAAGACGACAGCUCCGAGAAGGGCGGCGCUCGCAACCCUGCUUUCCCGGCGAACCCGACGGAAGCAGCCACUGCUUUUCCCGCGUCAUCACUGAAACCGGCGCGGCAGGCGCGCCUCGACGCACCUGUCAAUGCGAAAGCUGCACCGAGCGCACCAGGUGAUGAGCCGUCGUCACCGACGUACUCGGCAGACAGUGCACACAAGAUCAAGGUGUGCAUUGUGCGGAUCAUGAAGGCCGAGCGCGUCCUCCCGCAUCGCGAACUGGUGGAGCGCGUCGCGCUCGCAUUGGAGGGCCAGUUGGUGGUCACUCCCAGCCAGUUCAAGUGCUGCGUUGCAUACCUCAUUGAGAAGGAGUUUCUCCAGCGCGGGGAGCAAGGGGAAUACGUGUUCGUAUCGUAA